UAUAUUGUCGACGAUGUGCUUGCCCGCGCUCUCUUGACCAACAGGUGCGCGGAAGACGGACGUGCUUCGCCGAGCUCCAGAACUCCGUUCCUGCAUAAAAUACUGAAAUACUCCACCGUGGAUAAUGGGUGACGAGUGGGAAGAAGAGGAAACUAAGACCACCACGUCAAGUUUGUCAUCAAAUGGUGUCUCUAACGGGACGUCCUCAUGGAAUAGUGGAGGAGGUGGUGGAGUAGACAACAAUGCAGGCAAUAAACGAGGAUUCUUCGGAGGUGGGGGAGAUUCUGGGGGAAGAGGUCGUGGAGGAAGAGGAGGAUUUAAAGGUUUUUCUUCUGGUGGAGACGACAACGGAAAUGAUACGGAGGGAAGCUCCGGUGGAGGAAGAGGAGGUUUCAGAGGGAGAGGAGGAAGAGGGGGCGGCAGAGGCUUUAGGAGCGAUUCUGGAGAUGAUGGAAAUCAAGAUGGUGGCUCUGGUAGAAGAGGUGGGCAGGGCUCUUUCAGAGGUGGAUUCCAAGAGGAAAGGGGAGGAGGUGGAGGUUAUCGUGGAAAAGACGAGGAUAACUUCUCUAAAGUUUCUACCGGUGACGGAGAAACCGAAGGGGAUGAAAGACCGAAGGUGACAUACGUCCCCCCGCCGCUGCCCGAGGACGAGGACACCAUCUUCGCCCACUACGCGUCGGGAAUUAACUUCAACAAGUACGACGACAUCCUGGUGGACGUUAGCGGCCUCAACCCCCCCCAGGCCAUCUAUACGUUCAAGGAGGCAUGCCUGUGUGAGUCUUUGGAGAGGAACGUGGCCAAGUCGGGCUACGUGAAGCCCACCCCGGUGCAGAAGCACGGCAUCCCCAUCAUCGCCGCUGGCCGCGACAUCAUGGCCUGCGCCCAAACCGGCUCCGGAAAGACUGCGGCCUUCCUGCUGCCCAUCCUCCAGAAGCUGAUGGCGGACGGUGUGGCGGCCAGCUCCUUCAGUGAGCAACAGGAGCCCGAGGCCAUCAUCGUGGCCCCCACCCGCGAGCUCAUCAACCAGAUCUUCCUGGAGGCCCGCAAGUUUGCUCAUGGGACCUGCGUGCGUCCAGUGGUGUUGUACGGAGGGAUCAGCACGGGGCAUCAGAUCAGAGACCUUUUGAGGGGCUGCAACGUGCUCUGUGGCACCCCAGGGAGGCUGAUGGACAUGAUCGGGAGAGGGAAGGUGGGUCUGACCAAGCUGCGCUACCUGGUGAUGGACGAGGCCGACCGCAUGCUGGACAUGGGCUUCGAGCCAGAGAUGCGUCGCCUGGUGGGCUCUCCGGGUAUGCCCUCGAAAGAGGAGCGCCAGACCCUGAUGUUCAGCGCCACCUACCCAGAGGACAUCCAGAGGAUGGCAGGAGACUUCCUGAAGAAGGACUACCUCUUCCUGGCUGUGGGUGUGGUGGGCGGGGCCUGCUCUGACGUGGAGCAGAAGCUGGUCCAGGUCACCAAGUUCUCAAAGAGGGAUCAGCUCCUGGACAUCCUGAAGAACACCGGAACCGAGCGGACGAUGGUGUUUGUUGAAACCAAGAGACAAGCCGACUUCAUCGCCGCCUUCCUCUGCCAGGAAAACGUCGCCACCACAAGCAUCCACGGGGACCGGGAGCAGCGCGAGCGUGAGCAGGCCCUGGGUGACUUUCGCUCGGGGAAGUGUCCCGUCCUGGUGGCCACCUCCGUCGCCGCCCGAGGCCUGGACAUCAAGGACGUUCAGCACGUGGUGAACUUCGACCUCCCGAACAACAUAGACGACUACGUCCACCGCAUCGGCCGCACUGGCCGCUGCGGGAACACGGGCCAGGCCGUCUCCUUCUACGACCCGGAGCAGGACAACCAGCUGGCCCGCUCGCUUGUCAAGAUUCUCUGUAGUGCCCAGCAGGAGGUGCCGUCCUGGCUGGAGCAGUCGGCGCUGGGGGCCCACGGUACGAGCGGCUUCAACCCUGUGGGACGCGUGUUUGCCUCCACGGACUCCAGAAAGACCGGAGGCUUCCAGUCUGGCGGCUCAGACCAGUCCAGUGCGGCUCCCAGUGCCGCGGCCGAUGAAGAAGAAUGGGAGUAGAGGACUCCCUGUAACGGCCCCAUGUUGAGUUUGUUUGUGUGCAGUGGAAAUUUAUUGGUCCGUGAAGUGACGAGUUAUUAAUUUAAUUAUUAGUUAAGUCUUUUUUAUUUUAAAUGUUGAACUGCAUGCAUUUUCUUCUCCGUCAGUUUUACUUCGGAGUGUUUCUGUUCUUUCUAUUUUGUGAACUGUGUGAUCUUGACGCGAUUUCGUAUUAAAAACACGAAAGUCAAAAAAUGAACAUCCCCAUAAGAAAAUAAAUGUUCCGGACGACUGCCCUUGACCUGACUCGUCUAAAUGAUGUACGCUCCUGUUAAAGUUGGGUAAAAAACAUUAAAAUCUAAAUGAUUUAACUGA